CCAGUACAGUCCAAAACUCAGUCCACCUCAACUCUGCCGCCAAUGCCACCUUCGCUGUCAGAAACUUCGAUUCUUUCAGCUCUUGAGGCUUUUGGAAGUUUUGAACUAGCCACAAAAUCACCCUACAAUUCACCAAGUUUUGAGUUGGAUCAACAAUAUGGCACCACAGUAGAAGGGAAUGAUCAGUCAUUCUCACUGUUUGAUCUCACAGGUUCAUUAUCUUCUUCCUCUGUACAUUCCCAGGCAUCCUUAUUGGCUUCCCCUCCUCCACCUCCUCCUCCUCCACCACCACCGCCACCUCCUUCCCGAUCAAAGGGGGCAUCAUCAUUGAACAGUAUUAAAAAAGUCCCGUUUGAUCCCCUUCCUCAAGCUUCUUCUCCUCACUCACUUGUUUCAGGAACUCCUCCAUCGUCCAUUAUGAAUAAUUCACCUCAAGCUUCUUCUAUUCCUCCCCCUCCUUUUCCUUCUGUGGGUCAGGUGGAGCAAAUGAUGCCUUCUUUUGAAAUGUCUUGAGAUGCAAUUACGACACAAAAUAUUGUUGAACCCCCAAGAAUUCUAGCCCUCAAACAGAAACCGUCUUCAUCUUUGGGAAUGCCUCAAGUUGUCAUCUCAGGUGAGAACACAGAAUCUCUCAAGUGGAAAGAAGGACUAGCAGCUGUGACAGGGACAAACAUGGAGGUAACUUCUGUCAGUGACUCGGCAUCCUCAUCCGCUGUCAAUAGUGGCAGUGUAGAAGCUACUGCUGCAGCUGUCUCCAAUUCAGUGCAAAUCCCUAAUGUGAUGCUGCCGAAACAGGAAAAACUAUACCUGCAGGAUGGCUCACCAUCAUCAACCUCCAUGUCAUCUGGAUAUGACUACGAUAUUUUCCUGAGUUUUAGAGGGCUAGAAACUCGCUCAGGCAUUACAGAUUUCCUCUACACCAGCUUGUUAGCUGCUGGAAUGCACACAUUUAAAGAUGACGAAGAGCUCCAAGUUGGAGAGGAGUUUGGUCCGAAGUUGCUUGAAGCUAUCAGCCAUUCAAAAAUUGCAAUUCCCAUUUUUUCCAAGGGCUAUGCCUUCAGUAAAUGGUGUCUUAAUGAGUUGCUCCAAAUGGUGGAGUGUAGUAGAACAAGGAGACAGAAGGUUAUGCCCAUUUUCUAUGAUGUUACUCCAGCAGAGGUCCGUCAUCAAGCUGGGUCUUAUGGGGAAGCCUUUCUUUUGCAUGAGAAGAAAUUUGAUGAGAACACUAUCAGUAAGUGGAAAGCUGCUCUCAAACACGUUGCCAAUCUAAAUGGAUGGGACACUAAUUCGAUGAUCAUUAGACGUGAAGGAGAGCUGGUUAAGACAAUUGUACGUACAGUUAUAGAUGAGUUGAAAACAGCUUAUCUGAUGGUGACCGGCUGCUUGGUUGGAGUUGAAAAUCAUGUGAAGGAAAUCAAUAAAAUAAUGUGUGGCGAUUCAGAGGAUAUUAAAAUACUCGGAAUCCAUGGUAUGGGGGGUGUUGGACAGACUACUCUCGCCAAAAUCAUCUACAACCAGUUUUCACAUCAUUUUGAACAUUGUUGCUUCCUUUCUAACAUAAGGGAAACUUCAGAGCUAAAGGGCAUCGAACAUUUGCAGAAUCAGCUAAUGUCCAAUGUUCUCAAAAGGAAGUGGUCAAGCAUUAGCAACGUUGACGAAGGAAUUAAGACAAUAAAAGAAAGGUUAGGCGAUAAAAAGGCUCUGGUGCUACUUGAUGAUGUUGACAGGAGGACUCAUUUAAAUGCACUCGUAGGAAACCCUGCAUGGUUCGAUUUAGGAAGUAGGAUUAUCAUAACUAGUAGAAACAGGGAUAUCAUGACUGUUCCUGAGGUUUGUUAUGGUUAUGAGCUUAAGGGCAUGAACUUCAACCAAUCUCUUCAACUAUUUUGCAAACAUGCUUUCGGAAGAAAUUACCCUUUGGAUGACCAUGUUGCUUUCUCCACAGAAGUGGUCAAAAGUACAGGAGGUCUUCCUCUUGCUCUUGAGGCUAUAGGUUCACAUCUCUCAGGCAAAAGCAAAGACGUUUGGGAUGUUACAUUGAAGAAGUUGAAACAAGUUCCUCACGGUGAAGUAAAAAGAAAGUUGAAAAUAAGUUAUGAUGCCUUGGAUGAUUGGCAAAAGCAUAUCUUUCUUGAUAUAGCUUGCCUUUUCACUGGAUUUGACAAAAGGAUAGUGCUCCACAUGUGGAACGAUUCCAAUCUCUUCCCAGAGGAAGGUCUUGAAGUCCUUCAAAAGAUGUCUUUGAUAAAAAUCGGUGAAGACAAUAAGCUAUGGGUGCAUGAUCAGCUAAGAGACCUUGGUAGAGAUAUCGUUCGUCAAGAGUGUAACAUGGAACUAGAAAAACAGACUCGAUUGUGGAAUCAUGAGGAAGCUUUGGACGUGCUGAUGAAGAAGAAAACAAAAAAAGUGGAAACUCUUUGCCUAAAGUUGGACCAUCAGUUGCAAUACUGCUUUGCAAACAAGGAGUUUGAAAGGUUAUCUAAUCUAAAAUACCUUGAAGUGAGGGCUGUCCAGGAUAACUGGCCUUCAAAUGAUUUUCCAGACAACUUACAAAACAGUACGCCAAUGCUUUCAGAGUUGAGAUGGCUUUCGUGGCAUCAUUUUCCCCUGGAACUUAAAAUCACCAAUUUCUCCAUGAUGAACAUGGUCAUUCUCGAUCUGUCUUGGAGUAAACUGUCAGAAAGUUGGGAUGGUUGGAGUCACAUCAAGAUGGCAGAGAAUUUAAAAGUCUUGAACUUGACUGGUUGUGUACACUUGCAUACAACUCCCGAUUUCUCCACAAAUGUUAAGUUACAGCACUUAAUCCUCGAGAACUGUGGAAGAUUAGCUCAGAUUGACAAAUCUAUCAGGCAUUUGAAGCAGUUGGUAAUUUUGAACUUGAGGUUUUGCCUUAAACUCCGCAAGUUACCAGAAGAGAUGAAUAACCUGGAAUCAUUAAAGGAACUUCUCCUUGACGGGACUUCUGUAAGAGAAAUUCCAGAAUGGAAAGGGAUGAAAAAGCUGGAGACUCUCAGUGCUUGCGAAUGUCCAUCAUUAAAAAAUUGCAGAUCAAUUGGAAAUUUGACAUCUCUACUGACGCUAUCUUUGGAGCAUGCUUCAAUUAGUCAAAUCCCCCAAGAGAUUGGAGUGCUCCAAAAGCUUGAACACUUGUCUCUAAGCAAGUGUAAGUUGCUGAGGGGACUUCCAGACUCGAUUGGGAAAUUGGAAUCACUACUUACGUUGAACCUUUCCCACACGCAUAUUGCAGAGCUGCCUAACUCAGUUGGAAACUUGAAGAACUUGAAAGUACUAAGGAUGUCUGGUAGUUCCAUAAGAAUUUUGCCUGGUAUAAUUGUGAUGUUGGAGAAGCUGGAAGAGAUAAAUGCUGAGUUCUGUCAGCGUUUGGAGGGGGCAAUUCCUCAUGGUAUCGAGAGCUUGUCAAAUUUGAGGAUCUUGAAACUAACAAACACUAUAAUAUGUCAAGUGCCAAGACUUCCUGAAAGCCUGAUUGGUCUGCAUAUUUCUACUCAUUCAAUGAAGACACUUCCAGAUCUCUCAAACCUGGUAAAUUUAAUAGAUUUGGAUUUGGACAUUGGAGAAGUUCCAUUGGCCAGCAAGAAUUCUGUUUUUGCAGGAUCUUCUCAGCUCGUACAGCAUCCAUCACCAUGGUAUAUAGGAAAGUUCUGCAAUCUUGAGUCUUUGAAGUUGUCCGGUGAAAUCAUAUUUGCCAUCCAUAGAGAUAUUUGUCUUCUUUCUCAGCUUAAGAAACUUGAACUUGUUUGUUCUAACCUGCAGUUCCUGCCUAGGCUUCCAUCCAGUUUAACAUGCUUGGUUAUUAAAUCAUCCCAAUCAUUGGAAACGCUGAUAGAUCUAUCGAACUUGAAGGAACUAUCAGAGCUGAGGAUUGAUUCUUCGGCAAUAAUUGGUGUUCAAGGCCUUGAAGGUUUGGAGAAUCUUGAAAUUUUGGACCUCAAAGCACUGCAUACACUUGAGGAAUUACCUGAUCUAUCAAACUUGAAGAAGCUCGGUGAACUGCAUUUGGGGCACUGCCAUAAUCUUAUCGACGUUCAAAGCAUUGAAGGCUUAGGAAAUCUCAAAACUUUGAAGCUCAUAGAAAUUCCGCUACUGGAGAGAUUACCCAAUCUGUCAAACUUGAAGAAUCUCACUGAACUUCAGUUGUGGUACUGUCAUGGUCUAACUGAAAUAGAAAGCUUGGAGGGUUCGGAGAAUUUGAUGAUGUUGGAGCUAGGUGAACUUCCUCUACUUGAGAGACUGCCCAAUUUAUCAAACUUGAAGAAGCUUACAAAACUGGAUGUACAACAGUGUCAUAAUCUUGUUAAGAUUCGAGGAAGAUUGGAGUCAUUGGAAGACUUGCAUUUAGAAGGAUGUAGAUCUUUAGAUGAGGUGUUGGAUCCGGCUUCGAGCUUCAAGAAACUAAAAUCUUUGCGAAUACAUGAUUGCGAGAAGUUGCAUGUUGACAGGACGUGGGUCUCGAAAUUCGAAAUAUCUAAUAGGGCAUAUGAAAAUUCGGCAUGUUCGAUACAAUGUAAGGUGGGCAUUUGUGUUUGUCAGCUAGGUAAACAGUUCUUUUUGCCGUCCCCUCCAUAGUGAAAAUAAACAGAUACACGAUGUACUCCCUUUGCUCAGAUACUCUCUAUGGCAGCAAAUUAACUAGCAAAGCCGUUACAAUCUGUGCGGAAUUAGAUUUUCUAC